AUGGCGGUGGUAGUGAUGGUGAUGGUGGUGGUGGUGACAGCAAUGGCUGCAUCGAUGGUGGUGGGGCUUUUGUGGUGCGGUGAUGGUGGCAGUGGUGAUGUCAGUGGCUGCAGCGGUGGUGGUGGUGGUGACGUGGCUACAUCGAAGGUAGUGGUGGUUGGUGACGAUAGUGGUAAUGGUCACGGUGGUGGUAGUGGUGGAAAUAGUGGUGGAGUGGUGGUGGUGGCAGCGACGGCAAUGGCUGCGAUGAUGGUUGUGGUGAUUGGUGGCAGUAGUGGUGACGAAAAUGGUGGUGGUGGCGGUGGUGUUGACAGUGGCAUGUUGAUAGUGAUGGGUGGAGGUAGUGGUGAUGGUGGUGACAACGGCAAUGGUGGUACGACAGCGGCGACGACGAUGGUGGUGGUGGUGAGAUAUUAG